AUGGAAGAAAGCUGGCUCAGCGAGAACGGCGAGCUGAGCGGACUGGAAAAGGCGCGCCGAGACGGGGCGGCAAACCUCAACAGCACCGCCCUGCUCGACAACUCGAAUCGGCUGGAGGAUGAGAGGAAAAAACUCAACCUCUCGCCGAUCCUGCGACCGCGGACUCCAAUGGCUUAUCUAAGCCGGAGUUCGUCAAAGAUCGAAGAGGAUGAGUCGUUCGUGACCUCGGACGGCUUUCAACCGGAAUACUCGAUUCCGGAAGAAAGUUCCCCGUGCACGUCGACGCCAAAUCAGAAGCGCAGAGGGAAGUACGAGUGCCCGUUCGACAACCACCUCUCGCGCUUCCUCUACACCACGAUGAGCCCCUCCAUCUUCAACAUCGAGAACACGCCGCCGACGCCAAGCACACCCCGCCUAGCCAGCUUCUGGGACCUCGACCAAAGCUCGCGACUCAACCCGGCCAACAUCACCGAAGAAGACAUCAUCAAGUCGACCGAGUCACCAAACCCAGAGCGUCUACGGCGUGAGCAAGAAGAGAAGGACUUGUACUGGAAACGCGGGCUCCACUACAUUCCAUCGCCCGAGGGGACUUACCCAAUACCAAUGCACUCUGAAACCCCGCUCUCCGACAUCGCACGCGUCCGGGCGGCCACUUUUGCGGCGGCCGCUGGCAGCAUGAGCCGCGCCCAACAAGACUCCGACUCGCCGCCCAGGAGAUCCGUUUUGAAGAGAAAAGUCUCCAGCUUCCGGAUGUUCGCGCCACCCAAGAAACGACACUGUGCCACGCAAACCGCCCUUACAAUUGGCGUGCACGUUGACUUCGACUUUGAGAGCAUCCUGGGCCCGUCAUCAGUGUAUGCGGAAGCCGAAGUGGAGGCCGGAGAAGAAUUUGAGCUCAACUCAUCCGUCGGUUCAUUACGAAGGCGGCUUUUUGAAGACGACUCCUUCACUAACGACGUUAACGAUUUAUCGCAGGAUCUGCACUCUACCUCCACGUCACCGCUGCUCAAUCCCGAAGGCGAGCCCCCGCGGGAUUUCUUUGACAUAAAAGCCGACCUGGACGGGGAAACAUCACAACUACCAUUGACAUUCGACCUAUCGCCCAUCCGCUCGCGCUCACCCGACUGC